GAUUAAUCAUCGAUGCAUAAAAGAUAUAACUCUUAUUUACCCAAAUUAAUUAUGCUUUGUAAACUAAUAGUAAUUAAAAAAAAAUAAAAAGUGUGGACGAUAAUAACACGAGUUGGAGAGAAAAAAAAGAGUAUUGUGAUUGGGAGUAGCAAACUUUGUGUUUAUGCCCGGAGUUCGGUCGCCACCUCCACUUGAGCUGCAUGCGAUCCUUUCUCCUCCAUAUUCCUUCCUUCACCACUUCAAAUCAAAUGUGUGUGCGCGCGCGCGUGAGAGAGAGAGGGACGGGUACAGAGAGAGAUGGAGAGAGCUGGGAGAGAGGCGGUGGUGGUGUGCGGCGAUCACGGUGUUCGACCUCGACACGGCGAAGGGGCUCCUCCGCGUACCUGGCUGCGCCGCGGCGGCUCACGGCCCCCUCUUUUUCUCCGAUCACUCCCUCGUCGCUUCUCAGGUCGCCAAACAUGGCUUCGUCGGCUCCGGCUCCGGCUCCGGCUCCAUCAUCACUUGGCCCAUCAACAAACUCCGUUCGUCGCGUAGAAGCCAUACGAUGGAGGCAAUAGAACCCCUUUGUAGCACAAGGGACGGUGCUUAUUUAGCUGCAGGAGACGUUUCGGGGAACGUGCAUCUCUGGGAGGUUGCAAGCGGGAGGUUGCUCAAAUCGUGGACCGCCCAUCGUAAAUCUGUGAAGUGCAUGAGUUUUUCAGAUGAUGGGUCUUUUCUAAUCUCUGGUUCUGAUGGUGGGAUGAUCCCGAUUUGCUCUAUGAUCAGAUUACUUGAUAUCGAUGAUUGCGGAAGCUUCUCGGCUUUGCUACAUUGUUCUUCUGAGCACUCGUCCUCCAUAACUGGUUUACUAACUAUAACUACAUCCACACGCUUGAAAUUCGUAUCGAACUCCAUGGACGGAAGUUGCAAGGAUUCCUUUCUCCAUGAACGAGAUCGAACUGUUGUGCUGAAAGGACACAACGACUCCAUAACCGCAUUGACGUUCUGGAAGACGGGUCUGAUAUCUGCAUCAAACGAUUGCACCGUCUGCAUAUGGGAUAUUGAAAGCUGCAAAAAUAUCCGCCGGUUCUUCCAUCAAAAGGGACCAGUGACUAACCUCGUAACAAUACCUCAGUCUGCGCUAUAUUGUCGAUCAGAUAACGGAAGAGGCUUCGAUCGGAGGAGCCAGGUGUGUUUGUUUGAUAAAUAUUCCAAGCCGAUUGAUUCCGUUGACAAUGUCAUCGCUUCUCUUCCCGUGUUCUCUCAUCACGAAAAUUGCCUGCAAAUCAAGAGAAAUGCAAGAAAGCUCUGCAACAGCCAUGGAAAAUAAGGUGGAAACACCCGUGGACCGAAGAAGAUGGGCAAUAAACAUGGCGAAACAUGUGGUGGAGAUGAACAGACAGAUCCAGUUG